AUGCGAAAGAAGCCUUUCAAGGAUGACCGCAGCCGUCGGGCCUCAAGAUACUCACGUUAUGAAAGGUCUAGAUCGCCGCGUGAUCGCUCUCCUGACCGAUUUGAUAGACCAGCACAGUACGCCGAUGGAGAUAGGCGCCGACCAUCCGAGACUCGACCCGGCAAUGGUGGUUUCCCACCAGGCCGCGACUUCGGUGAUCCCUUGCGACGUGAACCUCCUCGUGGACCAAAGGCCUUGAUUGAUGCGCCUAGUGGACCCCGCGGUGGAGGUUUCGGGGGCGAAUUUCGAGGUGGUCGCGGCCGAGGGCGCGGCCGUGGAUGGUCUUCAAGGGACGACAGUCGAGAUCGGGGUCGAGACAGGGACAUUGAUUUUCGUGACCGUUAUCACGAUGAUAGAAGCCGUGAACGCGACCGCGAUCGCGACAGAGAAUGGCGCGAGCCUAGGGAUUUCAGAGCACGUCGUUCACCUAUCGGCCGCGCGAGAUCACCCAACCGAGACUUCAGAGAUCGAGAACGUGAGGGACCAUUGGGAGUAGAUGCGGAUAGAUCCCGACGCGGCUCUCGCGAUGGAGGACCCCCUUCGGCAGGAUCGUCUUCUUCAGACCCCCAGUUUGGCAUGGCGCCCUACCCCCGUGGUGGAGGAUUUCAUCGAGGACGUGGCCGAGGACGAGGUGACUGGUCCGAAAGAGGACGUGGAAGAGGCCAUUACAUGGACGACAGGAGUGAUCGCUACCCACGCAGUCGGUCUCAGGAAGGUCGCUGGGGAAGGGAUCGUGACGACAGGGACCGGAUGGAUCGAAUGGAUCGUUAUGCUGACCCAGAUACCCGACGUGAAAUUCAACACGAACGUGAUCCCCGAGACCGCGAACUAUUCCGAAACAAAUUGGAAGCUCGCGCCAACGCUGGCCACGACUCAGGACUCUCUAGCAAGGAGGUGUCGCCACCACCUAUCGCGCCAUCUGCACCUGCUUUUGGAUCCGUUUCUAACAGGGGAUUAAGUGUAGGGGAGGGCUAUGUUCCUGCCAGUGCCGCAGCAAAGAUCCCGCCUACAGCUCCCAGGGCGUUUAAUGAUCGACCUCCUUCUGCUGGCCACGAUCCAGCUAUGCCUUCCGCUGGCCUCGGUAAGGCAAUGCUUCACGAUGGUCCCUCGAUUCCAGUCGGUCCUCGAGCCCAGCAGCCUCCACCUCCGCGACCUUCAAGCAAACAAUGGAUCAACCCGAAUCUGAAGAAAGCGCCCGAGUCACCCAAGCUGAUGCGAUCGCCGAGCUUUGUGCAUCAGCGGCCGGUUUUACGCCGUGAUAGUUCCCAGUAUGAUCAUUAUCACGACGACGAGAGACGCCCACGCAGCAGCGAUGCGAAAUCAGACUCCGUUUACGACAACCGUGCCCGAUCGAAUUACAGCGCAGAGCCAGGAGAAAUCACCGUUAAGUCCGAGCGAGAGUCCCAAUCUGCAAGAGCUUCUAUGGAUCGGGAUGCGCGGCCUAUUAAUGGUUCAAGGCGAGACUCUUAUCGGUCUGGUCCGUCGCCCACUAUGGAGAGCAUGCCUAGAUUUGCCCAGGCACCUGAUGAGCGUGUAAGAGAGAUGAGAGAACCCCCAAAGGAAUUGCCCAGGAGAAAAUGCGGUCGAGCAACUAUAAAGGCUGUUAGAUUUGAUGUGCCACCAAAACCAGUACCUGUGGAGCAAAACUCAGAAUCAGAUGAUGACGACGACAUGGCCGACUACUUUGAUAUGGAAAUUGAGAAGACGGAAGCUGAAUUAAGCAAGUUGGAAAUGCCGAGGCUUCCAACCCAAGUGAUGGCUCGUUUUGCGGCUCUGUCUCACGGAUCAAUGGUCAAGAUUGUCGGAGAGAGUGAAGGGCUUCUCAAGAUGGUGGAAGAACUGCCAGGAGCAGCAAAUAAGGUCACCGUCGAAAAUGCUGCAGAACCCGUACCGGUCGAAGAGGAGACGGAACAAGACAUUGAAAUGACAGAUGCUACCGACAACGAGAUCCAAGUCGAAUCUGAACCAGCAAAGACAGCAUUGCAAGAAGCUCAGACUGAACCCGAACCUGAGCUCGGGCCUGAGCUUUCGGUUAAUGUUAAAAAGUCCGAAGAGCCCGUUGAUGAACGCAUACCGAAGCCCUCGCCAGAAGUUACUCAAGAGAUUGCGGAACAGCCCACAGAACCGCCUGUCGAGAAACCUGCCGAACACAGCGAAAAGCCCGACGAGACAAUCGUCGAGAGCCCAGAAAAGAAACCUGAGGAAGACCGCGCUGAGAACGUCACUGAGAAGCCUAUCGAAAUUGCUGUGGAAAAGAGCGCCGAGAACAUUGUCGAAAUGGAUGUUAGGGACACUAUGCAACCAAUUGAGAAGGAGGAGACUCAAGAACUUGCUGCUGACACUACUGCUGAUCUUUCUGUCACUGCUAUUGUCACUUCUCCUGCCGCUGCCGAGCCCACUGCUGAGCCAAAUGCUGAGAAGAUGGACAUCGACCAACCUCCUGUUCAAACUGUUUCAGCUAUCCUUGAAGCCCCAAUGCUCCUUACUGACAAUACAGCCCAAGAUACGGUGCCCAUGGUAAUCGAACGUGUUCCUGAAGAGCCAGUAAUUCAGCCAGCGAAGGCCGACGACAGAUCCAACGAGACGACCAACGAGGCGCCCGCAGAAAAGUCUACUGAAGAUAAGCCAAGCGAAACACCAGUAGAGGCCAGCACCGAAGAAUCUGCACAGACACACACUGAGAUGGUUACCGAGACCGUUCCAGAAGUUACCCCCGCAAAGGCUGAUGAAGCCACCGCCGAGAAGCCUACUGAGACAAAUGCCGAUCUGCCUAUCGAGACUUUCGCGGAUAGACCUGAACCUCGAGCACACGAUCAUGUUGCGACUCACGAGACUGCUGUUAAUAUUAUCGCUCCUCAUGUUGUCUUACAGACGACGGAGACAGCGUCGAAACCGCCUAGUACGCCGUCGCAGGUCGACGAUGAUGAGACUGAGUCUGAGGAUGAUUCGUUCAUGAAUCUUGACACUGUUCGGCAAUACAUGACCACACCACCGAUUGAUAGUCUUCCUGACUACAGCUGUCAGCCCUGGGAUAAGGAUAGGGACUUUAUGCGCACACUGGAUUCUGACUCGGUUAUGGAUGAUUUUGUCAUCGAGCACUUGGACAAAAUGCAUAUUGAGAAGUCGACUGAACAGGAUCACGACAAAAAGAUUUACGCCAAAAACUACCUGCACUAUUUGGAAUUCACAAUGUCAAACGAUCCAGCUGCCGUCAAGAGUCGUGGAAGGUUCUCGGUCUCGACUGGUAUCGAAUUUACUGGAACAGUGACUCCUGAACCAAAACAUGAAGGGAGCGGGCGCGGGCGCCGAUUCGCAACUGAGCGAGACCUGGAACGAGUUCUGCAAGCAUCCAUGCGAGAGGACGAGGAAAGGAGAGAGCGUGAGCUGAGAAUGCAGCAAGAAAAGUACCGCACAGAUAAGGAAGCCGUCAUCCCGGAUAUGAUAUGGACGCAGGAGGACAGAGACAAUGCUAAGUACAUUGACAAAUCCGGAUACGUACCUGUUGACCGGUUGGUGUCGACAUGGCGUGUUCUGCCACCCGUCAACAACUUCAAUGAAGAAGAGGCUAGCUUGUUUGAGAAGAGAUACUUGGAAGCACCCAAGCAAUGGGGUCGGGUUGCAGAAGCAAUUCCGCAUCGCGACUUUGGCGCUUGCAUUCAGUAUUACUACAUGAAUAAGAAGGAUCUCAACCUGAAGGAGAAACUCAAGAAGCAGCCUAAGAGGCGCCGAAAGGGCAAGGCGAAGCAGCGAUCUAGUGCAUUGGUGUCGGAACUGGGCAACGGCGAUGGAGAAACUGAAGACAACCACGAGACGGGAGAGAAUGGCGAGAGAAGGCGUCCAAGACGCGCAGCUGCUCCGACAUGGGGUUUUGAACAGCCACCGAUCGACACAGAGAACUCAACACCCAAUGCCACACCCGGCAGACGAGGAGGGUCCGCCAAAGUUGAUCAUCUUGAGAAAAUUGAUGGAAGGAAGAGACGCAGAGGCCCCAAGGAGAAAGAGCCCAAGAUACCCAAGCCGAACCAGACCUUGGCCGCAGCACCAGUGCCAGUCAAAGGCAGGUCGAGGUCAAAUUCAAGAGCACUCAACACUGACAGUUCCUCCACUCCUCUCCCACCUUCGGAGGGCCUUCGAAUUCAGCCUCAGUUCGAGCAGCAUCCCGCUGGCAUGCAACCCCCCUUUUCUAUACAACAGCAGCCUAUCCCGAGCAUGGAACGCCCCGAAUCAGUUGCUCCCUCAUCCAUCUCUGAAGUCAUGGCAGCGCCAUCACUCCGACCUGAUCCGCCACCCCAACCCGCAAUGGCUACAUUCAAUCUAGCUCAUCAAACAUCAGAACGCAAAGCGCCAACCCAAGCAUCAAGUUACUGGAGUGUGUCUGAAUCUAAUGACUUCCCACACCUCCUGCGCUCGUUUGGUUCCGACUGGACAGGAAUUGCUGCUCACAUGGGUUCGAAGACCGCAGUCAUGGUCAAGAACUACUUCGUCCGUCAAAAAGAUCAAGGUAAGGCUGAGUGGGAGAUACUCGUUCAGGAGGCCGAGUUGAAGAAGAGUGCCGGUGAGAGGCUGCCUGAUCCCCCGCAGCCAUCAACAGGAGGACGAGGUAGGAGAUACGAUAGCUCGACUGCAACUUCUCGACCUCUAGCCGUUGCUCCAGGUAUUGAUAUGCAUGGUGAAACGUCGCAGCCCAAGAUGGAACCUGCCGUUCAACCUCCUCGUGGUCAGCCAUUCCCCAACUUUGGUGGUGUUCCCAUCGCCCAGGCUCCUGUUCAACAGCAACCCCUGGCACAGCCUCAGCAGCAGCCGAUGGUUAUGGGACAACACCCUGCUGCUCCACCAGUUACUCAGACAAUGUCACCGGGUCAAAGACCUCUGAGAGCUCCUGUGCGACAAUUCGGAUUCCCUGAUGGCGAACGCGAGCCUGGUGCGCGUGUACCGCUUCCACAGAAGGCCUCUUCUCGACAUCCCGGUGCAGAGCCACGUGAACAACGGCCCCUAGCCGCCGCACAGCCUCUACAGCCUUCGCCUCGCGAGGUCAUGAUGGAACACAACGCCCAGAUAGAGCGUCAAAAGAUGGACACGCAGCUGCGAGAACAAGAGCAACGCGAACUGGCUCGACAGACGGAGAGACAGCCGCUACGCGUUAAGCAAGAACCUGAGAUGGCACCACAGCCGCACCACUACGAGCAGUACGGUCACCGUCAACAAGGCAGCCUUGGCGGCCAACCGCUGGCGAGGCCGCCGCAGGAACCUGGACGACCUCCAUCAUAUGGCCCCCCUAUGCAGCAACAAGCUCCUGCACAGCCAAUGCGAAACCUAAUGAGCGAUCAAACACCAGUCCGCUCACCUCAAAUGGGCACACCUACCAGUCGUCCCGUGUCGUCGCUUCAGCAGAGGCCGUCAUCAGGAUCGAUGCACGAUCAAUAUGGCUCAGCCACACCUCAAGCUGGUACUCCAGUUCAAACCCCCACAGCCGCGCCUCCUCGUCAGACUGAACCUCGAAAGGGAGGUCUCAAUAUCAUGUCGCUCCUUAACGACGAGCCUCUGCCACAGCCUAAGAGAGUCAACGAUGUGACUAACACGCCCUCGAGACCAUCGCCUACUCCUCCACCCCAGACCAUAGGCCGUGCACUUCCGGGGCCUGCGCCGUCUUCUCAGAUGCGGCGCGGCGAUCCAGAGCCAUAUUCUCCUUACGGUAGAGGUACUCCAGGAAUGCCGUCUCUGAAGCCCACAUAUGCGGAUUCUCCUCAACCCCAGCACAUGGGUAGCUCUAGGGCGUCAAUCGGGGUUUCGCUCGAGGCUGCGGCAGAGAGAGACUACUACAGACAGAACCCUUAUCAGCCUACAAAUCACAGCAGGACAAAUUCGCCACAAGGUGGGCAUCGCUAUGCUCCACCUGGGCCUCAGUACCAGAACCAGGGAUACCCAACUUCAUACGCUGCUGCAGGUCAAGCAGGUCACGCUGGAUCACCGGGAGGGCAGUAUGGGUUGCAUCCGUCUUCCUCUCGCUCACGUGAAGUUCCCCAGGGUGGCCGUGAAACUUCGUGGCCGCCACCAGCGCCCCAACAACCUCCUUCAAGCAUGCAGCAACCAACUGGUUGGCCAUCACAGCCGCCUCCGAACGCAUCGCAACAACCAACGCAGCAGCAGCAGCAGCAGCAGCCUUGGCCGACGCAGCAUCCUUCAUCCAAACCUCAAACUCCUGCAUCGUCUUGGGCCCCUUCACAACCGCCUCCACAACAAUCUCAUCAUAUGCCCAUGAGGGACGAUGGACGAAAUCCCUAUUACGGAGGUGGGCCUGGUAUGCCGCCACAGCAGCACCAGAUGCACGCUCGCUAUCCGUCAACUGGGUCUCGUGGCCCAGAGUCGGUACCGCCGCCUACGCAAGCGUACCCUCGUUAUGCUUCCACACCUGGCCCCGGCCCCGGCCCCGGCCCCGGCCCUGCUCCAAGUAGAGACAUGAGAGAGAUGCCAGGCCGCACUUACACACCUAUUGGUUACGAUGCUCAUCAGCAUCCGCUAUGGGCGGCCAUGAAAAGACCUACUUUGAACAACAGCGCGAGGCCCUCAUUGGCGAGAUCGCAAUGGCAAGAUAUACCAUACCCUUUAGAACAUGGACCAUCCAGGGAAACAAAUGCUAACAUCCUGUUCUACCUACAGAGCUUCGAGCACGUCUUGGCCAAUAUCAACAAGCUGAACCGAUCUCUGGAGGCAGUCACUGCGGUCGGAAACGAAUUCUCCUCGGUCGAAGCGCUGUGGUCGCAGUUUGAAAACGUCAUGGGUAAAGAUAGCAAUGGCGAGGGCGAGACGGAACAGGCUGAUCAAACGGAGCAACAUGAUGAUGCUGGAGAAGGGGAUACGACGGUGAAGCACGAGGGUUCGUGA